AUGGACUGGUGGCAGGACAUGAAGGACAUGGUUGCGACAGGGGACGGCGCGAUGGUUUCCGACUUCGUGUCUGACACGGCCGUCUCUGGCGACAUCGAGGUGUACCACAUCGGCGAGGAGGUCCGAACGGACAUCGACAAGGUCGGCCACUUCAGUUCCGAGUCCCAGUCUGCGGAUAGCCGCAGCUCGCAGCGCAUCGGGUCGCAGCAGCAGUUCGAGAAGAUGGCGUCGGACACUAUCGCACUCGUCGGCACGGACAGCUCAGAAGCAAUGCGGCAGAUGAUGGCGCUGGCGGCGAUUUUUGACUUCCCUUUCGCGGAGUCCCUCGGCGCCUGA